GUGGUGGUAGAGCAGGCGGCAGCUGCCAGGGAAACCGAGGCGCGGGAGCCGUAGCCCGCUGACAGGCAGACCCGGGGUCGUCUCUGCGCCCGGCAAAAGCAGGAGGCCCGAGAGUCCCUGUUGCCUGGGCCGAGGGUCCCUGUCUAGUCCGGCUGCCUCGUUGGGACCCGGGCCUUUCCCUUAGCCCGCCAGGGGGCGCCGCUCUGAGGGGGCUGCAGAGUUGGGGGGCGGGCGCGGCUGACUGGAGAAGGGGCACUGGACUGGGCAAGGGGAGAGGGCUCCCUCGUUCUCAAGAGGUGCCCUGGGCCGGGGACCGGGAGUCCUCACCUCCGGACUGAGGCAGGGGUUUCUGGGGGCUAGGAGGGCGCGUCGCCCUCUGCCCCCGCCGGCACCCUGGCUAUGACGGGCAAAUCGGUGAAGGACGUGGAUCGGUACCAGGCGGUCCUGGCCAACCUGCUGCUGGAGGAGGAUAACAAGUUUUGUGCGGACUGCCAGUCUAAAGGGCCACGAUGGGCCUCCUGGAACAUUGGUGUGUUCAUCUGCAUUCGAUGUGCUGGAAUCCACAGGAAUCUCGGGGUGCACAUAUCCAGGGUAAAAUCAGUUAACCUCGACCAGUGGACUCAAGAACAGAUCCAGUGCAUGCAAGAGAUGGGGAAUGGAAAGGCAAACCGACUUUAUGAAGCCUACCUGCCUGAGACCUUUCGGCGACCUCAAAUAGACCAUGCGGUCGAGGGAUUUAUUCGAGAUAAAUAUGAGAAGAAGAAAUACAUGGACCGAAGUCUGGACAUCAAUGCCUUUAGGAAAGAAAAAGAUAACAAGUGGAAAAGAGGGAGCGAACCAGCUCCAGAGAAAAAAAUGGAACCUGUUGUUUUUGAGAAAGUGAAAAUGCCACAGAAAAAAGAAGAUCCACAGCUACCUCGGAAAACCUCCCCGAAAUCCAAAGCUCCUGUGGUGGAUCUCUUGGGACUUGAUGCUCCUGUAUCCUGCUCCAUUGCAAAUGGUAAGACCAGUAAUACCCUAGAGAAGGAUUUAGAUCUUUUGGCCUCUGUUUCAUCUCCCUCUUCUUCAGUUUCCAGAAAGGUUGUAGGUUCCAUGCCAACCCCAGGGAGUGCUGGCUCAGUUCCGGAAAACCUGAACCUGUUUCCAGAGCCAGGGAGCAAAUCAGAAGAAACAAGCAAGAAGCAGCUGUCUAAAGACUCCAUCCUGUCACUGUAUGGAUCCCAGACGCCUCAGAUGCCCACCCAAGCAAUGUUCAUGGCUCCUGCUCAGAUGGCGUAUCCCACUGCCUACCCCAGCUUCCCUGGGGUUACACCUCCUAGCAGCCUAAUGGGGAGCAUAAUGCCCCCACCAGUAGGCAUGGUAGCUCAGCCGGGAGCUUCUGGGAUGGUUGCCCCAAUGGCCAUGCCUGCAGGCUAUAUGGGGGGCAUGCAGGCCUCCAUGAUGGGUGUGCCAAACGGAAUGAUGACCACCCAGCAGGCCGGCUACAUGGCAGGCAUGGCAGCUAUGCCCCAGACUAUGUAUGGGGUUCAGCCAGCUCAGCAGCUGCAGUGGAACCUAACUCAGAUGACCCAGCAGAUGGCCGGGAUGAGCUUCUGUGGCACCAACGGCAUGCUGAGCUAUGGACAGUCCAUGAAUGGUGGGAACGGACAGGCGGCAAAUCAGACGCUCAGCCCUCAGAUGUGGAAAUAGGAACAGCACACCUGGAUGACUACCACUCUCCCCAUCGCCCGGUCUCCCUGUGUUUCCUCUUUCCCCAUCCCCCUCUCCUACUUCUCUCUGUUUGGUUUAGAAAUCACUCGGUCCGGGUCACUUAGGACUUGGCAUCCUGCCUAGCCCAACCGCAUCGCAAACCUGCAGACCUCUCUGUUGCUUGUCCCCCAGCUGUCCUGAUUCCCUCCCCAGCCUCAGCCCAGCUUCUCUCCUGGCAGCCGCACCUUAGGAACUGUUGGCAGAAGGCACUUAGACUGCAGGAUAGCUGUGCACACCUUUGAGCACCUCUCCCACAAGGUGAAACUUCCUGUCAGGCUCAGAAAGGUCUGUGGGGGAUGUAUUUUAGGCAAAGAGGGGAGAGUUUAGAGGUCCUUCUAUAUGUGAUGGUAAGUUAUUGGGUUGACCAAAGAAUGUUUUGGCCAACCCAGUAUUUCCAUAGGUUUAAAUUUUGGGGGUGAGAAAGGAGGCAUCAUGUUCCCCUGAUUUAUGGAAAUUAAGGAAGUACUGAAAUCGAAUUAAAGCAGUCUUAGAGCAGUUUGGCCCCAGCCCUGGGGCAAGGAUGAGCAAAAAUCUGACUCUACUUCACGCUGAAUUGUUUCCUGGAUCUGAGACUUCAGGACUUGCUGCUUCGGUCAGCCUUUCUUAGCACCAAAGACUCUUCAAAGGUCCCACACGAAGACACACACCCCGCUCCCUGCCUUCAUCCGGUAGGAUCUGGCUUUGUGGCUGGAGGACCAGCCCCUCCAGUGGGAAUGCAUAGCUUAACAUGUGUACGCUUGUGUGCGUGUGUGGAUUCCAUCUCCCACUCUCUCCCCGUCUGCGCUGGGUAUUUUUGUUUUUGUUUUUUUAGUUUUAGGUUUACAACAGAGAGGAGUUAAUUUAUCAACAGCCUAAAACUGUUGCCAGUUUUUCUUUAGUUAAAUAAUUUGCCAUCUCAUUGGUAGCUCCGUUCCUCCUUUCCCCUCUCCGACCUGCCAGUCGCUGUUUCAUACUGGUGUGUCCAGGCUGCCCUGCGCCCCCAUCUGUCCAGGUGUAGGAGGCAGGACGCCUGGGCAGCCUUCCUCUCAGUCAUUGUUCACCCCACUUGAAAAUUAAAACAAGAAAACGUUGCUUAAAAGAUUUCAUCUGUGGGAACCACAACUCCUGGUUGCCUUUCUCCUGUGUAUGUGUAAAUUCCUUAAUAAAUAUUGCAGGGAAGCACUGCUCGCUCAUUCUCACCGUGUGUCACUCGUGGAGGAGGGUGAGUCCUACCCAGGUUUUCUGCUUUCCAGGGGCGGUUCCCUGACUUUCUGUAUUUUAAAAAAUGAUUACAUUUAGAAUGGAUAAACAAGGUCCUACUAUAGCAUGGGAAACUAUAGCCAGUCUCCUGGGAUAAACCAGAAUGGAAAAGAAUAUUUAGAAAAGAAUGUAAAUAUAUAUAUAUGUGUGUGUGUGUGUGUGUGUGUAUAACUGAGUCACUUUUCUGUACAGCAGAGAUUGGCACAACAUUGUAAAUCAACUGUAUUUUAAUUAAAAAAAAAAAAACUGCAUAGGGAGCAUACCCAAGGGCCAGGUCAAGACUCAGGCAGUCAGAAAGGUGACCUUUUCCCAGUGGAAUCUAGAGUUGUGAGGGAGUGGAUUCUGGCUGUCUGUACGGGCUGGAGUUCCGGACCAUUGGAACUCAUCGGAACUAGAAGUACCCCCAACAAUAGAAAAACUGAGGCCCCUCCCCCUUUCCUUCCUUCAAGUACACCUUUUGAAUACUUCCGGGUAUGAGAGGAUGGCACAAUGGCUCGGAAAGCUCUGAACCAGACUGCCAGUGUUCAUAUCCCUUCUUGCUCUGUGACCUGGCUACUGAAGCCCUGUGUAUCAGUGUAAAAUGGGGCUUGUGUAAAAUGAAGCAAUUCCUGUGGUACAUUUAGCACACAGAGCACUUUGCCCUCAAAUGUUAGCAAAUAUUACGUGCCAGGCCUAUGUCAACUCAUUCAACAAGUGUUUAAAGAAAGCUUUCAAUGUGCCCAGCACUGUCUUAGGCUCUGGAAUAAAAGAGUGAAUCAAAACUCCCUGAUCUCAUGGGAUGGUGUGGGUAGGAGAGGUGGACAAUAAACAAGUAAAUGAAUGAUCUGAUUUUGGGUGGUAAUAACACCAGGUAAGACAAGAUUAGGGGAGAGGGUGGGUAUGGGACCAUUUGAGUGGAGCAGUCAGAAGGAGGUUACAUUUCAACUGAGACCUGAAUAAGGAGCCAGUUAUGUGGAGAUCUGUAAAAAGAGCAGAGCAAAGGUUGACGUCUGCAUUGAAAAUGGUUUGGUGGAGGUAUUGGGUUGAGAGUCACCAGUGUGUGGAUGGUAUAUAAAGCCUUGAGACCAGGUGAAGUUGUCUAAGGAGAAAGCAUGAAGAGAAGACUGAGCCUUAAGGUCCAUCAGCUUUUAGAAUUUGAAGAGAUAAGAAAAAGCAUUUUGAAGAGAAAAAGAUGAAUCACAGUCCCUGCUCUUAAGACGCUCACAGAGUCAUGGGGCAACAGGCUUAGAAGCUCUUAGACAUGCUUUAUGGGAGCUAGGAAGGUUGGGGAAACCUUCCUAAGGACAGAGGCACUUGAGCUGAGUCCUGGGGGCAAGUUAGGAGUUAAUCGAGUGGUGUGGAGCAGGGGAGAAUAGUCCAGGCAGAUUGUACCAUGUGAUCAGAGAGAGACCUGCAAAAGCACAGAACAUUCCAAGAAGCACAGGCAGUUCUAUGUUUCUAAGGUCUGAUAUUAGUCAAGGUGUCGUGAGAGGUGGGACCUAGCUGGGGUUGGACCAGAUCAUGGGGGGCUUCCUGCAGCCCAGGAACGAAUUUAGCCUCAACUGUGGUAAACAGUGGAGUGACACAAUCAGAUUUGGGGUUCAGGCAGCUCACUCUUGCCUUGCUGACAACAUGUUUGAGAAACAAGACAAGAUCUAAGGGACCAGAGAAGGGCAAGAGCUGAACAAGGACCAAGUUAUUAGGGGGUAGGAAAAAUGAAGCCGCUCAGAACAGCAUCUCAUGAGGCACAUGAGAUGCUAACAGGUGCAGCACAAAAAUGCUAAAAUACGCUUGGGAAAGAUUGCAUGUCAUAUCAGCUCUUGUACAUCUAGAAUAUAAAUAUCCAAGUAGAAAUGGCUCUGAAAAGUUCUGUGGUAAAGACUUUUUUUAAAAAAGUUAGUAGAUUAUAUUUUUUAGAGCAGUUUUAGGUUCACAACAAAAUUGAGCAGAAAGUGUAGAGUUCCCAAACACCUCUGUCCCUCACCUAGCCUCCUCCACUUUUGACAUUCUGCACCAGAGGAAUACAUUUUUUACAAUGAACCCAUAGCAACAGAUCGGAUCAUUCGAAAUCCAUAAUUUACAUUAAGGUUCGUUUUGGUGUUGUGUAAUCUAUGGGUUUUGGCGAAGGUGCAGUGACAUUAGCCAUUACAGUAUCGUACAGAGUCGCUUCACGUCUUGAAAACCUGCUGUGCUCUGCCUCUCCAUGCAUCGCUCCCCCAUGACUCCUGGAAGCUACUGAGUUUUUUUUUCACUGUCUCCAUAGUUUGGGCUUUUCCAGAAUGUCAUAUACCUGGAAUCAUACUGUUUGUGGCCUUUUUCAGAUUGACUGCUUUCACUUAGUAAUGUGCAUUUUUGUCUUUUCAUGGCUUGAUAGCUCAUUUCUUUUUAGUGCUGGAUAAUAUUUCAGUGUCUGAAUGUACCAUAAUUUAUUUGAAUCUAUUCACUUACUGAAGGACAUCUUGAUUGCUUCCAAGUUUCAGCAAUUAUAAAUAAAGUUGCUAUAAACA